AUGGGCAAACUCAGGGAGGUUCAGGCCUUCGAAAAGUCGAAGGCAUCGCCUUCAUCGCAUCCGUCUGUAGAUCCUGCCUACGAUUCGGAUACUUCGACGCAGCACCUUCGCGAAGUAGUGAUGCACAAGCUAUCUUUCUCGAGCGACUUUACGCUCAACUUGGACAUGAUCAAAGGCCUCGACGAACUCUCGAGGGGCAUCGAGGCUAGUUCCUUCACAACAGCUUCGGAAAACACACGGACGACUACUUUACCGAGCUACCAGUCGAACCAGCCCGUUCCACCACUUAAUAUCGUCAUGCAGGUCGUUGGGUCUCAAGGUGAUAUCCAGCCAUUUGUCACCCUGGGCCUGGCGCUCCAGAAGGAGGGCCAUCGGGUCCGCAUAGCAACACAUCCAGAUUUCCAGGCCUACGUUCAAGGCUGUGGCCUCGACUAUUUCAACAUUGGAGGUAACCCCGCAGGGAUGAUGGCGUACAUGGUGAAGAGCCCGGGUCUCUUUCCAACACUAGGGUCCGUCCUUGAAGGAGAGGUUCGUCGACGACGCCAUGAAGUACGAGAUAUGAUGACGGCAUGUUGGAAGUCUUGUUUCGAGCCGCUCGAGGCAGGGAAGUCGGCGUCAACGAAUACCAGAGCAAGAGCGUUGUCGGACGCUUUGCCCUUUGUCGCCGAUGUUAUCAUCGCGAAUCCGCCGUCUUUUGCUCAUAUUCAUUGUGCAGAGAAAUUGGGCAUACCAAUCCACAUGGUCUUUACGAUGCCAUGGUCGCCGACAAGAGAAUAUUCUCACCCGCUGGCCAACCUCAAGUCAACGAAGCUGGAUGCCAAAGUCGUAAACUUACUGUCUUAUUUUCUUGUGGACGCAAUGAUCUGGCAAGGCCUAGGAGACGUCAUAAACCGCUUCAGGUGUGAAACUCUAGGACUUGAGGCCAUACAUCCUUCUCAAGCGCCCGGGCUCAUACACAGAUUCGGAAUCCCGCAUACUUACUGUUGGUCUCCAUCUCUCAUUCCAAAACCGAUGGAUUGGGCGCAAAACGUCACUGUACCAGGCUUUUUGUUCAGCACACAGGCCAAAGCGUACUCCCCACCACAGGCACUUCUGGAUUUCCUCGACGCCAAACCUGCCCCGGUGUACAUUGGCUUUGGCUCAAUAGUGGUUGACGAUCCGGAGCGCCUUACUGCUCUCAUAUUUGAAGCUGUCCGCCAGGCUGGAGUUCGAGCUAUUGUUUCCGGGGGCUGGGCGGGGGUAGGCGCCACGGGCCACUCUUUACAGAGCCACGACGAUGUUCGUGACGUUCUUUUGAUAUCUUCCUGUCCUCACGACUAUCUAUUUCCUCGAGUAUCCGCCGUUGUUCACCACGGCGGCGCCGGAACUACUGCUGCUGGCCUUGCCGCAGGAAGGCCGACAGUCAUUGUGCCUUUCUUUGGCGACCAACCAUUUUGGGGCAAAAUGGUGCAUGAUUAUGGUGCAGGACCUCCGCCCAUUCCAUUUGGCGAACUCACAGCCGAGAAGCUGGCGGCCAGGAUUGCCACCGCAGCCACCAGCCCGGUAAUGGCUCGAUGUGCUGACCACCUCGCCGAGCGUAUUCGCACCGAAGACGGGCCGCAGGGUGCCGUCGCCAACUUUCAUAAUAAUCUGCCUCCAUCGAUGUACGACGGCGGCAAUCUGUAUGCUGGACAAGUGGCCGUAUGGCGCCACGGUUCCCUCUCGAGGAAGCUCGGAGUUGAUGUUACCCUUUCCGCGCUUGCAGCUACUGUUUUGCGCAAGGAGAAGCUUCUAGACUGGAAAGACUUGCAAUUGAACCAGACUUGCGAAUACAAUAUCGGACAACUAGGGCCGUACGAGCCGGUACUCGGCGCAGUUGGAGCCGUGAGGGAUCUGCUCUAUGACGCCCUGAGAGGAAUGGGGGAAAUCUUGUUUGACGUGGUGCGUGUGCCGUAUGUUGGCACUCAGAUGAUACGCCAAUCUCGCAAGAAUGCUCGCAUGGUGGAAAUGGAAAGUCGACUCAUUCUUCAGGGAGGUGACCACAAUGCUGCUGAACGAGGGAAUCACGGCGGGCCUUCCAAGGCAGACGAAGGCGCACCGCUCUUGCGAAAGGCCACGCAAGACUCCUGGCGCGAAGGGUCAACGACCAAAAAGACUGGGUUCGUCGGUGAAGGCGCAGUCAAGGGUACUCUGCGCAUAGGCAAGGCGGCAGCCAGGGCGCCGGGCGCGUUCACUUUGGCAAUGGCAAGAGGCGCGCACAAUGUCCCCAGGCUCUGGGGAGACACCACGGUUCGGACGCAGCGGCAGGUCACAGGCAUAAGCAGUGGUGUGAAGGAAGGGGUAAAGGAGUUUGUCUUUGGCGUUAGUGACGGUAUCACCGGUCUCGUCAUGCAGCCUGCGCGAGGGUUGAUGGAUGAUGGCCUGGUGGGCCUCGCACACGGUACUGCCAAAGGGAUCCUAGGCCUCCCUAUCAAAUGGUAUGCCGCAGCCAGUGGGAUAGUAGGGUACCCUUUGAAAGGGAUCGAUGUUGAGGUCACGGAAGCUCUCCGGGGUGAUCGAGGGAUGAAAGCGAUCCGUCAGUCGAGAGUACAGCAAGGAGAGCUGGCGUGGAUUCAGGCGAGCGACUCUACCAAGGACGCCGUCAUCGAAACAUGGAAAUCUCUCACAUUGCGCGCGCAGAGCACCAAGUACGACUGA